CAUCACGUCCAUUGCAACGGCCAAUACACUGCGUGCGCGUCCACGCGCGUCUUCUGCGCGCGCGGCUGUUCCUGCGGAAUCCAGGAGACCGAGGUCGGACCCCGAAAGGCUCCCACCUAGAAAAUAAUGAACAACAAAUUUGACGCUUUGAAAGAUGAUGACAGUGGAGACCACGACCAGGACCAAAGCACACCGAAAGACGGUGAGAAGGAAAGAACUGAAGACGAGGACCAGAGCCUCUCCAAGAAAAAGAUGGUGGUCCCAGCGGCCGGAGAGCACCCUCUUCAAUACAACUACACCUUCUGGUACUCCAGACGCACCCCGGGGAGACCAGCCAGCACUCAGAGCUACGAGCAGAACAUUAAACCGAUUGGCAGCUUCGCCUCGGUGGAGCAGUUCUGGCGUUUCUAUAGUCACAUGAUCCGACCCGGUGAUCUGACAGGCCACAGUGACUUCCACAUCUUCAAGGAGGGUAUUAAACCGAUGUGGGAGGAUGAUGCCAACAAGAUGGGUGGGAAGUGGAUCAUCCGUCUGAGGAAAGGCCUGGCAUCUCGUUGCUGGGAGAACCUGAUCCUGGCCAUGCUCGGGGAGCAGUUCAUGGUUGGAGAGGAAAUCUGUGGUGCUGUAGUGUCAGUACGCUUCCAGGAGGACAUCAUCUCUAUUUGGAACAAAACCGCAAGCGACCAGUCAACCACGGCCCGCAUCAGAGACACGCUGCGCAGAGUCCUCAACCUGCCCCCCAACACCAUCAUGGAGUACAAGACUCACACAGACAGCAUCAAGUAUAGCAUGGGAAGACUUCCAUGGACUGGUGAAUGUUAGUGGCGGACAGUAGCCUCUCACCCGGAACACUUCUGCAAGAGUGGUGUGUGUGUGUGUGUGUGUGUACGUGAAGUGCUGAAGGGGGACGACGAGUCCAGGCAAGAAUCCUUCUACGUGGAUUGGCACUGUGUAACAUGAAGACUGAGCGAUAGUCAGUCGCAGAGAAAAGAACACCAUUCCUUCUUUGUGUCAAAUUGGAAAUGGCCAGGAAGACCUGUCACAGAACAUUGAAUCAAGCCGUAGAGAGAGAAAUAUGCGUUAUUUUUAAUCAACCAGAGAAUAAGCCUUCAAUUUCAUCGUCUUCUUUUUUUAACGCAAGAUGUAACAUCUGUUAACUUGCCACAAGAAGGAGGCCACGUGACUGGGGUUUGCUGAUUGGGUCAUUAGUGUUGAAAAGUGUACUUUGAAAAAAUCACAACAAAACCAAUGUGUUAUAGUACUAGAUCAGAUUUUAUUGCUUAGCAUAACAUCACACCUCCUGCUGUUUUAAAAGACUGUGGUAAUCUGUUUCUCAGACAGGGUUGCAGGAAGAUGUUAUUUUAUUACAAUGCUGUAUUUUAACUACAAUUUCUCUGGUCAUUUUGAACUAGAAUGAUGACUAUUAUUGUGUACGAUAUAUUUGUAAAUACAGUCCACUUUAAAGAUCACUUUACUUAAUCGGCAAUGAUUCUCCAUCGUUGACUUGGAAGUUGAAUCCCAAAGGAUGAGGACCAUCCUGUGUUGGGCAGAAGUUUGUAGAACUGGCAUCUUAAGAAUGGACUGCCGAGCUGCCUAAAUCACUGUGCCUGGCCUCCAGCCCGACCCAAACCAGUUUCCCCUUCUGUCUGUUCUGUCUUCAUCCCGCCUUGAAAGAAUCCAAGGGAUGGGCUCUGCUUUAAAUGUCCUCAAACAAAUGUGCAUAGGAGUCGUGAAAAGCGGUCCGUCACUCCUUUUCCAUUUUGUAUUGAAACAAAUGAAACUGGGUCACGGCCAGGAUCUCUUACAGUUUCUAUCAAUUCCAUGGGGCCAUUAUUUUUGAUUCAUGUCAAGAAAGCGCCUAUUGUUUGUUGAAAAACUGAAAUGCUGCCCGUGUCUGGUGGUGCCAUGGUGCAGGUGUGUGUCCUCAGUGAAGAGACACUUUUGGAUCUACACCUGAUAGAUUAUAGCAAUAAAUGUCAAAUAUGCAUCUGCUGCUAAA